AUGUCAUCAUCAGAAUCAGAAUCAGAAUCACCAAAAAAAUUAUACGUUUCACCAAUCGCUAAACCAUUAGCUGAUCCAAAACUUACUCUUAAAUUAUUAAAAUUAGUUAAAAAAGCCUCAAAAGAAAAGAAAAUCAGCAGAGGUGUUAAAGAAGUUGUUAAACAAGUUAAAAAAUCAAAAGACUCAAGCAAAAAUAAAACUAGACUUUGUAUUAUCGCUGGUGAUGUUAGCCCAAUCGAUGUCAUUUCCCACAUUCCAAUUUUAUUAGAAGAAUCAGGUAUUAAAUAUAUUUACGUUCCAUCAAAAGAAUCUUUAGGUACUGCCUCAUCAACUAAAAGACCAACUUCAAUUGCUUUAGUCGAUUUAGACUCUGAAUCAGAAAAUAAAAAAUUAUUAAAAGAAUGUUUAGAAAAAGUUUCAGCUGUUUCAACUAACUAA